CGUGUGAUGUCGUUGCGUCGUUGCGAUCGAGACGAUUGACGUGAAGCGAGCUGAAGUCGCCGCCCUGAAGGUUGCCGCGCGAGGCGGGGACCGCGCUGCGCUCUCGCGGCUCGCAGCGUUACGAGUUACGACGACGUCCGGCGGCAGCGGCUCUACGGAAACGAGGACGGCCCGUGACGGCCAAGAGCUACGGCGACCGGGGGUGCAACAAGCGUCCGCGCCGGGCAAACAUGAGCGAGCCGAACUGGUUGCUGCGGCUGGUUGUGGGGCUCGACCUGUGCGUCGCGAAUCACGCCGAGUUCGCCGGAACGGAUGUACGUCGGAAAGCAAAGGACAUGGCACACCUGUAGAUACGAAAUGCCGGACUAGCGCGAGAGGCAAACGGCUGACCAGUAGAGGCAGUGCAAAUGAGAAGCAGAGCAAAGUAGCGAAGAGAGAAGGUAGAGAGUAAGCACGUAGAGCGAGGGAGAGAAAGUCAUAGAGAGAGAGAAAGAUAAAAAAAGAGCAUCUCCCGUCACUGAAAAUUUGCGUGACACAAAAUUAGCAGAGAGAAUGAGUCACGCUCAACAGCAUGUGCUUGCGAGCGCUAUAGUCCUCGCGCUGUUAGUGGUAUUCGGUAUCCACGUCUUCCUGUUUCCUAUGUACACGUCGACCCCGCCAGCGCGUCACAUCAAAAUCUCCGUGUACGAGCAGGCACUCUGUCGUUCCAACUUGAAGAACUACGUCCGCAUACCGGCGUCGGAGCUGCGCAACAAUCCUUGCCCCAAGUAUGGCAUAGUUUCGGCGAUGCAGGGCGGUAGACUGGGAAACCAAAUCUGGGAAUACGCCUCUGUAUGGGCAACCGCCCGGAGAACCGGCCUGGAGCCGUUCAUGCCGCGUUGCAUCCUCAAAACUCUGGAGGAGCACUUCGAGAACCUCAGCAUCCCGCCGCUUAGCUACAUCGGCAGGUGUACCUUGGACGUUGGCCAGGUGGUUAAUUCGCUCGGGCAGUGGAACAGCACGGAGCAAAACAUCAUUAUUCCCAGGCAUGCGGCUUACUGGUCUUUGAUAUUAGUCUGGUUGGACGACGUACGGCGGGAGUUCACGUUCAAGCCGAGUCUACGGAUUUACGCGGAAAAAGUAUUGAAACGCGUGGCAGAAAAAUUCAACCUAUCCUCACCGACCUAUGUCAGCGUACACGUGCGCAGAACCGAUUAUCUUGAUUAUCUUUGGCAGAAGUUGAAAACGCGGCCGGCGCCGGUAAGUUACUACCUGUCGGCGAUGGAUUAUUUCGCCGGCAAGUACAGCAACGUAGUCUUCGUAGUGACGAGCGAUAAUAUCGUUUGGUGCAAGUAUAACUUGCGCGAUAAGCGUCACCGAAUCAGCUUUGUGUCGGACAACUACGGCAAAGGCCCGGGGAAGGACCUGGCGGUUCUGUCCGCGUGUAAUCAUAGCAUAAUAGAUUAUGGUACUUACGGAUCUUUCGGGGCCAUUUUGGCCGCCGGCGAAACCGUAGUUUACAACGUAACAACAUACUUUUCUACAUUGAUCGCUGAUGUUCUACCAAAUUGGAGGAUAAUGAGUUGAACGAGAAAAUCAUAAUAUAAGCUGACCAGAACGCAUUUAUGUUACAUCGUAUGCGCACAUUUUUUUUUGUAAUACGUAAUCUUUUCGAAAGGCGAUGAAUUAUUCUCGGAAACUUUUAAUUAAUUUACAAUGGGAGAAUUUUUGAAAGCUUACGAUUCGUUUUCAAUACCAGUAACCAAAAUUUGCAAUUUACCGUUUAAAUUAAUCAACAUAACUCUUAUCACCGCAGACCAAGUGUGCAGCACAAGCCACAUGGAUGAUCAUUAUAUAUUUACAUCUGCUAUCUAUGCAAAGUAUGGUAAUUUUGAACCACUUGAAAGUGUAUGUUGCCUUUUCCCUAUCUAGAUAAUAUACAUGCUCAUAUUUCUUUUUAUUUAUCAUACAAAUGCGUAAGUAUCUCGCCAGUAGUAAAACUAAAUGAAAGUGUGUUGCUACAUCAUAUUAAAUUUUAUAUACAUGAACGCGUCAUAUUGCUUAACGAUAUUAAGCAUAUUACGCUCAUUUAAAUUUAGUGUGCGCACACAAGUUAGGAAUCGAUGCACCUGUAAAUGUAGCGAGUGAUUUUUCAAGGAACUCGAGGAAAAGGUUACAAUGGAAUUAUGGACCACUAAUAUUUAAAAUUAAAGCAGAUGCUUAUUUUUUCUACGAUUCUGAUACACACAGUCGACACGGCCGUAAAAAUUUAAUGAAAAGGAAAAAAAGCGGAUGUUCUUUCCAGAAAAGAUAGUAACUAAACGAGCCUAAUUCAAAGAAAGAGAAAAAACACGCGUACGAAUAAAUUCUAAAUUUUACAGUGCUCAGAAUUAUAUCUGGUUAAUCUCUUAACGUUUCGCGUGAUCUUUUCCGAAACCUAGAUUUUUUAUAUAUUAUUUCAUAAUUUAUGUAGUUUUCUAUAAUGUAGCCUAGUGUUGUGGGGUUUCAAGUUGAUUGUGUUUACACGUUUCAAUAUGCAUUUCAUAUCGUAGUAAGCGUGUAACAUACACUUCAUAGACACGAAACCGACAUAUUGACAAAACCAUCUGUAAACCUUAUAAUGUACAAUGAUUUCAACUGUGAUUCUAUUUCUUAUUGUGCCAAAAUUCUUAAUAUACACAUAAGCAUACAUAUAUAUUAUAUAUAUAUACACACAUCUAUAUAUGUAUUAUAAAAUUAUAUCUAUACAAAGUGUUGUAUAAUAUUUACAAAUCUGUGAGCAAAUGAUAAAUUAUUUCUUCACUUAACCGUAAAGUAUUAUAAAAAUAUGGAAAAGUUUACAGACUAUUACUAUUAUUGCGCGAGAAACGACGAGGAAAUAUUUUACAUAAAGCCAGUGUUUGAAGUUUAUUAAUCAUGUGACCUGAUGUAUUUGACUUACAGUGUUUUACAAGUUAGAUUAGUCAGUGUCUAAUAUCUAUAUAUAUGUUAAUAUCUAUAUAUGAAUGUAUCUUCAAAGUAUUUGUGCCUGCCAGUUGUUAGAUGUCUGACAAAAUAUUAAAGAACAAAGAAAGAUUAUCCAGUUAGUUAUAGAAUAAUGAAUGUAUAUGAGCCAUGCACAAUAUCAGAUUUUCCAUUGCUAAUAUUAACCGCGAUGAGAGAUGGUUAGAGUCGCGAAAGCAUAAAUAUGUUGAAUAAUUACUGAGACUAUACAACUUUCAGGCAUCGAUACAAUCUACUCUGUACAUUCUCUGUGAUAAUUUUAUGUAAUUUUUGAGAACAUAACGCAUAAGCUAAAAUGUAUUUGUUUUACAGAAUAAAAAUACUCUGUGUCAAAA